AUAUAAAACGUAUACAAUAAUUGUUUGUUGUGUUCACAUUACAACGUUGGCAUAUACAGCAAGCACUACACGAUGAAAUGGAUUUAUUUAGCCCUGCUUUUAAUAUUAGUUGUACCGAUGUUAGAAUCUGUUCAAGUGAACCGGGGAAGCUUUCAGAAAAAUGAGUUUUCGAAAUCUCCAAAGAGAUAUGUGAAUGUUUUGUAUCAAAUCUGUCUGACUUCCACACCAGUUCAUGUUAAAGCCACUGCCCGACCAACGAAUCCUUCACUACCACACACCUUCAAUGUUACAGUAAUAGAUAUACAGCGGUACAGUGUACUGGUCCAGCUUGAACGUACAGAUCAGAAGUCCGGUUGGGACGAAAUUCCAAUCACCGUGGAUUGGGUUUCCAUGGAUGAACUGGACGAAGAAGGUGUUACAAAAACCAACAAGCCGAACUGCAAGGCUAUUUUGGAUUCUGGUUUAAAAACAAGCGGAAAAUAUCAAAUUAUAUUGAAAGACUCAACUGUCGUUGAGGUUUACUGUGAUAUGAACACUGCUGGGGGAGGAUGGACAGUUAUUCAGCGCAGAAAAGACGGAUCGGUGAAUUUCGAAAGGAAUUGGGCAAAUUACUCCGCUGGGUUCGGAACUAGAGACGGAGAGCAUUGGCUUGGCUUAGUGACGCUGAAUAAACUGACCACCAUCGAAAACUACGAUCUGAGAGUUGAUGUUACUGACUGCAACCACGUUACAAAAUACGCUCAAUAUUCGAGGUUUCGUGUUCAUUCUUCGUCUAUUAAUUAUAGACUAGAAGUAAAUGGACACAGUGGCGAUGUUGGAGACUCUCUGGCGUACCAUAACGGCCAAAUAUUUCAAACUUGUGACCGCAAUGGUGGAAUAUGCGUCAAAACGGAUUUAAUAUUCUUUUAAUUUUUUUAUAAGUGUGCCCUAAGAAAAGUUUAUUUUAAACUUUGAUGGAGUUUCUUUUUGGGGGUUUUGUUUUUCCAUUAUACUCUAAUCUUUAGAGCAAUUUAAAGCAAACUCCCCAUUGUACGGGUUGUGUCCUCACGCACACCUUUCUUUCAAUUAGAACAUUAAUGUUGUUUAUUUAAAUGGUUUUGUUUACAUUUUACCCAUUUAUUUUA